AUGCUAAAAAUCCAAACCCGCCACCCAGAAGAUGAAUAAAUCACUGCUCCUGCUGGCGGCUCUGACGCUCUGCUGCUGCAUCUCCUCUCUGGACGCUUCUUCCAGGUCUUGGUGUAAUUGCAUGCAAAUCAUCUCCCAUCCCAUCCCUGAAAGGAGGAUCGGGAAAAUCGAGGUGACCCCUCCAUCUGGACGGUGCCGCCGGACUCAAGUGAAAAUCACCAUGAGGAAUGGUUCAAAGGUCUGCGUCAAUCCAAAUGCGAAGUGGCUCACAAAGCUUCUUGCAGCUUUGGAAAAGAAAAAUGGGGACUUUAACUCAACUCUGCCACCCCCGGCUUCCUCAACAGCCUCCUGGUGACUUUCUUCGGCACAGAAAUGUCUUCAUUCAAGUUUAUGAGGAUUCAAGAACUCUUUCAUUUUUAUACAUUUCAAAACAUUUUUGUUCUAUUAAAUUUUGACGGCAGUCAUAAUACCUAAAGUAUUGACCUAUUUUAUAGUUAGGAAAAAUAAGAUAUUUAUCUGUGCUGUGGAAUGUAAACUGAGUUAAAUAAAACUCUAUUGAUUUGGUGCCUAAAUGUGAAGGAGAUCCUGCUCUUGUUUGUGUAACUUAUA